CAGAGCAGAAGAAACCCUAGGUCUCGUUCGUAAGGUGCACACGUCUUUGUACGUCUGUUUCGUUCGUAGCUUGCUUGUGGUGUCUGUCUCUACAUGGUACUGUCUCGUCAUCUAUAGCUUGUGGGUCUCCUGGUGUUUGGUACUUUGGUAUUCUUUUGCAGUUCGGUACUUUGGUGUUUUUCUUUCUGGACUGGUCAGUUCGGCACUCCCUUGCUGGUCUGUGUUGUCUAUAAUUCACUAUCAACAUGACAACCAAGAAGGCCAAUUUGAUUCACGAUCCGUCAUCGAUAUACUACCUUCAUCCAUCAGAAGGGCCGGGUAAUUCUCUAACAAAGUAUGUGCUACGCAGUGAUAAUUAUGAUGUGUGGGCAAAAGCCGUUUCGCAUGCGCUUGGUGGUCGUGGUAAAGCGAAAUUCUUGACAGCCGCUGGUGUACUGAAACCCACGGAUGAGGCCGAACUAGGCGCGUGGGAGUCCAACCAUUCCAUUAUUUGUAGUUGGAUUUGCAACAGUGUCGAUGAGUCCAUUCAACGAAGUAUUAUAAACCAUACGGUUGCGUAUGAUUUGUGGAAUGAUCUAAAGAAGCGUUACGGGGGUUCCAAUGGCCCUCGUAUGUAUCAGUUGAAGUGUGAACUACACAAUUUGCGCCAAAAGGGUCAGAGUGUUGUAGCAUAUUAUAAUCAAUUCAUCACCCUUUGGAACCAACUCUAUGGGUGUGAAGAUCCGACCGGAGGGUGUGUGUGUCCAGCCGCAGCGGUUAGCCUUGCUCGGGUUGAGCGUGAAAAGACUAUGGAUUUCUUAUUGGGGCUGGAUGAUGAACAAUACGGGCAUGCACGUUCACAGAUCAUUGGCACCGAACCUAUCCCAGAUUUGGAUCGAGCUUUCUACCUUGUCACUCAAGAGGAACGUCACCGCACUAUUAUUCGUUCUCGUGAUGACCGCACAGAUGGUGUCGCCUUUGCGGCCCGACAGUCUCCUAGUAGUCUCUGGUGCUCUCAUUGUGGCCGCACUAACCACAAUGUCGAGACUUGUUUUGAACUUAUUGGCUUUCCGGAACACUAUGGACGUGGAGGAGGACGUAGUGGUAUGCAACGUGGUCGAGGGGGCCGAACUUCAUCCGGCCGUGGUUACCAGGCAGGAGGCCGUGACAACAGCAGUUACUCUACAGGAGGCCGUGACAGCAGUGGCAGGGGGCCUGCCCGGUUUGGCAGUGCCUCUCACUGCAAUAAUACCACAGCAGCUCCAUCCGGCGGCGCCCAUGCUGUCAAUACAGAUUCUUCCUCUGUUUUAAGUGAUCAAAUGGCCAAGUUAAUGUCUUUACUUGAGUCUUCUUCCUCUCAACAGUACACGGAAGAGUCUCCGCCUUCGUCAUCUCCGUCGCCCCCCGCUGAUUUCCCCACUCUUCCCACCCUGGACACCACCCUGCCAGCAGCCAGCGACCAGCCCCAGCCCUCCACUGUUGUCGUCUCGUCAACAGAGGCUGCUGGAGCAGAUCCUACUGCCGAUGCUCCUCCCCUGCGUCAUUCCUCCCGUGUUCGUCAACCCCCCCAGCGCUUGUCCGAUUACGUUUGUCAUACCGCUCUUGUGCGUAAUCCGGUUCCCUUUCCCCCUGUUGCAUCUUCCGUCUCUGGCACACGGUUCCCUAUUACUAAUUUUGUUCAUUAUGAUAGAUUGCAUGACAGAAUUGCCAAUAAUUGUUCUGUUCAGCAUAGAGGUGUUGCACCAAUUGUUUCCGGCUAUUUCUCCACGUCUUGCGGCAUUGGUUCUCUGUUGCAGCGCCAUACUCCAAGUCUUGCGGCACUGCUACUGUUUUUUUUCCCUUGAUUGUUCAAUACAUCAGGGAUGGCUUC